UAGUUCUUUGUGGUCCGGGCAGGGGAUGGCGGAGGCGGGGCAAGAGGCGGACUUCUCGUCCUCGCUUGCGUCAGUCUCGGGCACGGGGCGGGGCUGGAGGACUAGGAGCCCCAGCACCUCCUGCCCCGCCGGAAGUGAAGGUGCGGGUCCGGCUGUGGGCUCUGAGAGGGUGAGGCGCGAGGAAAUACCAACGCCGAGAAUCAGUGGGGCGGCCCCUGCCCGGAUGGCAGCAGUAGUUCUAGGGGGAGACACCAUGGGCCCUGAGCGUAUCUUCCCCAAUCAGACUGAGGACUUAGGGCCACAUCAGGGUCCUACAGAAGGAACUGGGGAUUGGAGCAGUGAAGAACCCGAGGAAGAGCAGGAGGAAACAGGAGCAGGCCCAGCAGGCUACUCGUACCAGCCCCUCAAUCAAGACCCUGAACAAGAAGAGGUGGAACUGGCACCAGUGUGUGAAGGAGAAGAUGGAGCUGCUGACAUCCAAGAUCGGAUCCAGGCCCUGGGGCUCCAUUUGCCAGACCCUCCCUUGGAGAGUGAGGAUGAAGAUGAGGAAGGAGCUGCAGCAUUGAGCAGCCACAGCUCUAUCCCCAUGGACCCAGAACACGUAGAGCUGGUGAAAAGGACGAUGGCUGGAGUAAGCCUGCCUGCACCAGGGGUUCCUGCCUGGGCUCGGGAGAUAUCGGAUGCCCAGUGGGAAGAUGUGGUACAGAAAGCCCUCCAAGCCCGGCAGGCAUCCCCUGCCUGGAAGUGACCACAGAGAGAGAGAGCUGCCUUAUCUCCCUACAUUCCAAGCCAGGACCAGCGCGGGACUAACAACUCUGGUUUUAACAGCCUUCUCCUUCCCAUGUCCCUUUCACACCAAGGCGAAUCAGACCUCUCAGAGACCCACUUUAUUCAGUUCUGUACAUAUGGGGACAUCGGCCCAAGCCCAGCCCACCUUAGCAUGUAUCACUCUGUGGAGAAUAAAGCACCCUAUGUACACAGCCAAAA